UAGUUGUCCAGCUGUGCUCCUGUUACAGCUGUGAUUAUCUGUUUCCAUUAAUUUCAGUUUAGUUGGGUUCGUCGUGCACAUGUGCUGUUUUACUGAGAAACGUUUUCAUUGCUGCUGUAUCACUGCAGACUGGAGAUCCAUCUCUCUCUCUCUCUCUCUCUCUCUCUCUCUCUCUCUCUGCAAGAACAGCGCUGUUACACGUCUACAAAAAGAGGCGGAACCGUGAAGUUUACAAAGGUUGUUUUUUUUUUGUUUGUUUGUUUGGCGACAUCAGUGACAGUUUCAGUUUUAUAGGAAAAGUUUUCUGAGUGUGUGUGUGUAAGAGAGAGAGAGAGAGAGAGAGAUGGCUGUAAAUGUGGCACUGAGUGUGCUGUAUGCGUAUCUCGCAUGCGCGAUGUGUAACGCUAGUCCCAGUGAGGAGCUGCUUAUUGACAGAUACUCGUUACCCACCCGCUGUGGCAGAGAGGUUCGGGUUGGUGAUUAUGUACGGUACCAUUACACCGGAUCGUUUCCGGAUGGGAGGAUUUUCGACUCCAGUGAGCGUAAGGGCAUGGCAUUGUUUGUACCGGUGGGUGUGGACAGUAAGGUGAUACCAGGCUUGGACAAAGGAGUGGUGGGGAUGUGCGUAAAUGAGAGGAGGAAGAUCACAAUUCCCCCUCACCUUGGAUAUGGCAUCUCGGGAGCUGGUACAAUGAUUCCUUCAGAUGCAACUCUGGUAUUUGAUGUAGUGUUGUUGGAUGUGUGGAAUAAGGAUGAUGGUGUGGACACUCGUAUUCUCUUUAAGCCAUUGUCCUGUCGCCGCUUUGUGCAGCAUGGUGAUUUUGUGCGAUAUCUGUAUAACGGCUCUCUGAUUAAUGGCACAAACUUCGAAUCCAGUCAUGGACAAAAUGUCACAUAUGACACAUACGUGGAUGAGGAUCACCUGAUCAGCGGCAUGGUGCAGGGGCUAAUAGGAAUGUGUGUGGGAGAGAAACGCGCCAUCAUCAUCCCACCGUUUUUAGCCUACGGGGAAAAAGGAUAUGGUGUGAAGGUGCCAGCUCAUGCGACAGUGGUGUUUGAUGUGCUGCUCAUUGAUGUGUUUAAUGUGAAGGAUGAUGUUCAAGUGGAGAUUCUCCAUGUUCCUCAGCCAUGCAGAAGAAAAUCACAGAAGGGAGACUUCAUACGUUAUCACUACAAUGGAACUUUCCAAGAUGGAACUCUGUUUGACUCCAGCUACCAGCGCAAAGGUACAUACAAUACAUUUGUGGGCUUGGGUCACGUGAUUGCCGGAGUAGAUAAAGCCUUGCAAGGUGUGUGUGUGGGAGAAAAGAGACACAUCAUCGUUCCUCCACACCUUGCCUAUGGAGAGAAUGGGACAGGUAACCUUAUUCCUGGUUCAGCAGUGUUGAUCUUUGACCUCCACAUCAUUGACUUCCACAAUCCAAAAGACUCAGUGGACAUUCAGAUUACCCACAAACCUCAACAAUGUAACAGCACCAGUGCUGCGAAUGACCUUGUCACUUACCACUACAACUGCUCGCUGCUGGAUGGAACCCGACUUUACUCAUCUACUGACUUGGGUAGACCUGCACAGGCGACACUGGGUCAAGCAGAGGUCAUCGAGGGGCUGGAUCAAGGGUUAAAGGGCAUGUGUGUGGGAGAGAAGAGGGAAGUGAUCGUGCCCCCCCACUUUGGACAUGGACAAAAUGAAGGUUCUCUGGUUCCAGCAGAUGCAGUGUUAAUUUUUGAACUGGAGUUGCUAGAUUUGCGAAAAGGUGUUCCUAAGGGCUUCCUGUUUGUCUGGCUGGAGGAGACUCCUGAUCCCCUGUUUAGCUUCAUGGACCUAAACCAAGAUGGAGAAGUUCCACUUGAGGAGUUUGCAGCGUUCAUCAGGCUGCAGGUGUCAAUGAGCAAAGGUCGUCUUCACCCUGCAAUGGAUGCUGAUGUAAUCAUCAGAGAGAUGUUCACCAGCCAAGAUCAGAAUGCUGAUGGGAGAAUCACAGAGGAUGAGCUGAAACUCACGGACAAUACAACAGGACAUGAUGAGCUCUGAGAAAGAAAUACUCACAAUGUCAUCAGUGAAGUCUACUGGACUGUGUUGCCAUGCACUAAUACCUGCACAGGUGAAUCAGGAAAUGCUGGGAAACUGCUCACCUUUUCAUCAGAAACAUCAGUAUAAAGAGCUCUGAUCACACACACACACACACACACACACAUUCUCCUUUUAAAUCAUUUAAAUGUAGAUACAGCAGGUAUUGUAGAUAUUAAUAUAAACACAAUAUUACUCAAUAACUGCAUCAAACAAGCAGCUUACUGACAUCACCAAACUGGGGCAUUUUAUUCUUUUUCUCGGCUUGUACUACAGCUUCUUUUAGUUGUUCUUUCAACAGUGGCAAAAAAGUGAUACCAUCCAAACAUCCCAGUUCACAAGAACAAUCUAUGCUCAUGAACCCUCCAGAUCUUCUCUUUUACUUAGGAAAAAAAUAUUCAUAACAAGCUUGACUAAACAAAUAUGUUUUCAGUCUGGACACACUGAAGGCCUUUUUAUAGCAUCAUGUAGUGACAUUAUAUUUUUUUUAUCGUAGCAAUAUUUCUGAGAUGAAAGAAGGCUACACUAGUGACAUUAUCUACAUGAGCUUCAAAUGAAAGACUUGAGUCAAUAAUCACACCAAGAUCUUUUACUGCUGGACAAGAUGAAACAGAAAGACCAUCCACCAUUACUCUGUAAUCAGAAAGCUUACUUCUAGCUGCAUGUGGUCCUAGUACAAGCACCUCUGUCUUGUCCGAGUUAAGCAGGAGGAAGUUAGUGACCAUCCAGUGUCUAAUGUCCUUUACACAUUCUUCAGACUUAAUAAGCUGGUGUCUCUCAUCUGAUUUAGCUGAAACACAUAGCUGUGUGUCAACAGUUGAAGCUAAUACCAUGUUUACCAAUAAUUAUACCAAGGGGUAACCAGUAACCAGAUCCAGUAACACCAGUAAGGAGACACAAAUUUAGGUACAUAGCCAGUGCUAAAAGUAGAAGUUAAUAAUAUUGGAAGAGAUUCAGUUGCUACUGCUAUUAUCUGUUUGAAGAAACAUGUAGGUAAGUGAUCUAGGACACAAGUCGAUUUUGAAGAAGAAAUUAGUGAAAUUAUAUCAGUCUCUAAGGGAAGUGAAACAUUCUAAUGUUUACAGUGCUGAUUAUCUACAGGAUUAGCUAUAAAACUGACAGGUUUUAAACCUUUCUAUUUCAGAAAUUUUUUAAAGGUUUAAAACCUUUAUCUAUUUCUGUUAGUGAAAUAAUUCAUGAAGUCAUUACUGCUGCAUAAUGAUAGUGUGCAUUUUUCUGCAGUGGUUUUAUUCAUAGUUCAUUUUGCUACAGUAUUAAAUAAAAUAUAGGAUUAUUUUUAUCAUCAAUUAUGACUUAUCAAAAUGAAUAUUAAAGUCGCCAACAAUUAAUGCUUUGUCUAAAUAAACAACUAGGUUUAAAAUGAAAUCUAGAAAUUCACAGGAGAAUUCAGAAUAUGGCCUAAGUUUUAGGCAGAUGUGAAAAAAUUCUCUAAAGUAAAGAUGCUUUAAAGAAGUGUUAGUACAGUAAUACCAUGACUUACGAGUUUAAUUGGUUCUGUGUCCGAGCUCCUAACUCAAUUUGCUCGUAUAUGAAAUUAAAUUUCUCCAUUAAAAUGAAUUGAAAUGCUAUUAAUCCGUUGCAGCCCCCCAAAAACCACACCAAUUUUUUUUGUGUUU